AUGGCCAAAAUAGACAUCACCAUAAUAACCCCGCCUCUACACAACCAAACAUACCGCCAUACCGCGCAGCACGAGCACUACACUGCCAACAUUUGGUCUGCCUUUGCUUCAACAGCAAAGAGUUUCCUUGGGUUUAAGCGUAUCAUCGUCUCCGCCAGAUGUAAGCACAGCGAAUUCAUCCCAGAUUUAGCUCUGCUGCUAAAGUCAGUCGAAUUGUGA